AUGGACGUCGCCGAGCCCACCCUGGUGCAGGCCUUGCGCUCUCAUCGGGGCGAAGUGACCUGCGUCGACGCCAGCAUCGCGAGAAUGGUGACCGGAGGGGGCGACCGAACCAUCCGACUCUGGCGGUGGCGGGCCGGGGCCGGCUGGGAGGAGGCCGCCGCUGCUCCUGCAGCUCAUCGGUACGGUAUCACCGCGGCACGGUUCGCUCCCACGGGCGUGCUGAUCGCAUCGGGUGGCGUGGACGGUAACCUGCGGGUGUGGUGCGGGCGCUCGCUGGCCGCGCGCCGCCUGCUGUCCGCGCCGAGCGCCGUGGCGGUGCGUGCGCUGUGCUGGGCGGCCGAGGGCGCGCGGCUGCUGGCCGGCCACGACGAUGGCUCGCUGUGCGUUUGGAACGUGUCUCGGGGCGCGCUGCUGUCGCGACUCACCGCGCACGAGGGCGCCCUGCACGCCGUGUCAGUCUUGGCGAGAGGGGCCCUCUUGCUGACGACAUGCACGCACGGUGUGCUCAAAGUGUUCGACCUAGCAGAGGUGUGCACGAGCGGACUAGACGGGUCGAUGGUGGCCUUGGAGUGGAGGGACGGAGUGCACGACCUGGGCGCGCUGUGUGCCGACGCGACCGAGGACGGCGCGCUGUGUGCGACGGGCGGGCACGACGCGCGCGUGUGCGUGUGGCGCGCGGUCCGCGAGGGGGGCGUGUGGUCGGUGCGGGGCGCGGGAGUGCUGGAGGGUCACACGGCGGCGGUGACGUCACUGCGGUGGGCGAGCCCGCUGCUGGCCUCUGGCUCGCUGGACCGCACAGCUCGGCUCUGGUCAUCGGCGGAGGGCGCGUGUCUCCGCGUGGUGCACGCUCACCCGCGCUACCUCACUAGCGUGGUCCUCGCACCAGAUAACGCUUACCUGAUCACCGGUUCUAACGACAAGUCAAUACGCAUGUGGUCUCUGGGCUCGUUCUCGUUGAGCGACGAACUGGAGCCGGCCUGUGAAACCCUCUCGCAUUUUGCACUGGGAGACCUCGAGGGUAUCGGGCCAGUCGAGGAGGAGGGUCCGGAGGAGGAGUCGCCGGCGCGCGCCGAGGAGUGCGGGGACGCGCAGCUCGUGGCGACGGUGCCGCUCGCGCACGCCGGGGCCGUCAACUGCAUCGCCGUCAGCGGGCGCCGCCUCGCCACCGCCUCCAGUGAUGGUUCAGUUAAAAUAUUUCGCUGGGAGGAAGAGACGAGCGAGUUGGUGGAGGAGCACGUCCUGGAGGGCCACCAGUACCCGGUGCUCGCGGUCGACUUCGGCGCCGCGGGACAGCUGCUCCUCUCCGCCGGCCUGGACGGCUGCGCCUACGUUUGGGACGUCGAGACCGGAGUGAUGCUGCGUUCGUUGUGUGUGCCGAGCGGAAGCGGGGAGGGCGGAGAGACGGGGGGCGGCGGGGUGAGGGGGGCGCGCGUGUCUCCGCACCGGCCCCCUCUCCUCUUGCUCGCCACCGACGACGGCCUCGCUCCACUCUGGAGUCUCGCCUCCUCGGACCCUGCACCCAGACAUGUGUACACGGGUCACAGCGAGGCGGUGACGUGCUGCGCGUGGUCGGCGGACGGGCGGCUGCUGGCGACGGGCGCGGCCAGCGGGGAGCUGCGCCUGCACACCCCGCCCCCCGCCGCCCUCACCCUGCACCAUGACUCGCACGCGCACGAUCUUGGGGUUCAGAGUUGUGAUUUCGCAUCUCCGGCAGCCAUACUGGAGCUGCCACAAGAUGGUUAUUUUCUCGCAACGGGUGGUAACGAUUCCCUACUCAAACUUUGGCUCAUUCGGCUAAAUGAGGAUGGGGACCGGGCGGAGGUGCGGCUGGUGCGGCAGGUGGAGGCGCACGGCGGCGGCGUGUCGUGCGUGCGGUGGGGGGGCGCGGGCGCGCUGGUGUCGGCGGGCGCGGACCGGUGGGCGCGCGUGUGGCGCGGCGCGGGGCUGGAGGCGCACGCGGCGGCGGAGGGGAGCGGCGCGGGGGGCGCGCUGGCGGCCGCGCUGUUCGCCGACCUGCUGGCGGUGGGCUCGCUGGGCGGCGCGCUGGCGGUGUGGCGGGUGCCGCCGCCCGCUGCCCGCGCCGAAGACGACUGCACUGCGCCCAGGUUCUGGGGACUCGCCGGGGUAACGCGAUGGCUUCAUGAGUACAUCAUACAUCCGCCCGGCGCGCUUAUGACGCACGAAGAGAAAACCGUGUUGAUGAGAAGAGCCCAGGACCUUGCGCUCACCGGAGCUCAGCUGCUCGAUGUGCCGGUCGAUGAACUCCUCGACGACCUCGGGUAUGGUGAAGCGGCGCCGGAAGACGGACAGGAGUGCAGCAAGCAGGAGCUGGAGCGAGCGGAGACCCGCCCGAGGCUGCGCGCUGAGCUCGACUGGUUGAGGACCGAUACUACUCUUUUGCCGAGCGCGGCGGCUCCGCACCGGCUGCGCUGUCCGCUGACGCACCGCGUGCUGCGUGAGCCGGCCCGUGCGCCCGACGGCUUCACCUACGAGCGCGCCGCCAUCGUGCAGUGGUUCAUCGCAGCCGAAGGCGCUGUGUCUCCGGUGUCUGGUCGGCGCAUGCGCAGUGUCCUCGUGUCGCCCAACUACUCUCUGCGCGACCAACUCCGGACCUUCAUACAGGAGAACUCAUCAGUGUAACCCUUGCUUAGUAUUGUAUAAUACAUCCAGUGACAUUGGACUUGCACGAAUCUCUCUUUUGCAGUUUUUAUUUAUUUGUAUGGUUUUAAAGUAGCACAAUCUACUGUUGAUCGACCUAAAUAUACAUACCUAUCGAACGUUCUAUAUUAUAAUAUUUGACAGGUAAAAGUAUGUCGGUAUGCAGGCUCUAAACAUUAUUUCUAAUGCUAUGCGCAUCUCAUCAAAUGAAUGCGGUCGCGCUGUUUACUCGACUAAAUGAAUGUAAUUAUGAGCGUGUAUUAUUGUAUUUUUAUCGUCCUGCUAACUUUAUUGUAAGUGCCUUAUUUUUGGAAUGUAUUCUGUCCGUUGUUCGAUUGACUGAAUAUUAAAUUUGUAGCACCGAUACGUUUGAAUCAAGUAUUCGAUGAAUGAUGGCGUUUCAAUUUUGUGAGUUUUAUUCAUUCACAUUGUUAGUGUGAUCUCAUUGAAAAACCUUAAUGUGCAUCUGCAAUUAUUAAAUAAAAAUAUUUGUGUCGUUA